GUCCCAUCGUUGUGUGACUGUGAAGAGUGAUACCCUCCGCUUCACAGUAGACCAAUAGGGCUCUUAAGGCGACCGCCAACCCCGUCUUUCGACACUUCACAACACAGUCACAUCACAACACAGUCAGUCGACUCUACAAACAUGGGUAACUCUACAGGAUCCACCGUGGAAGAUCUCCAGGCUGUGGAGAAGCACCUCUGGUAUAAGAAGUUCAUGACAGAGUGUCCUUCGGGUCAGCUCACCCUGCAUGAGUUCAAGCAGUUCUUUGGGCUCCGGGGACUGGAUGCUGAGGCCAACGCCUACAUCGAGCAGAUGUUCCGCACGUUCGAUAUGAACAAGGAUGGCUACAUAGACUUCUUGGAGUAUGUAGCUGCUCUGAGCCUGGUGAUGCGGGGUAAAAUGGAACAUAAGCUCCGCUGGUACUUUAAGCUGUAUGAUGUGGACGGCAACGGGUGCAUUGAUCGAAGUGAGCUGCUAAACAUCAUAAAGGCUAUCCGUGCAAUCAAUGGGAAUGAAAACCAGGAAGUUGAUGCGGAGGAGUUCACCAACCGGGUGUUUGAUAAGAUAGAUGUCAACGGAGAUGGGGAGCUGUCUUUGGAGGAGUUUGUGGCGGGGGCUCACACUGACGAAGACUUCAUGGAAGUGAUGAUGAAGACCUUGGAUCUCACCCACAUAGUCGCCAUGAUCCACAAUCGGAGGCACAGUGUUUAGAGUCUGCCCUCACACCUCCAUCUCCACUCUCCAUUGUAAUAGACUGCAGAAGGGCCACAUAGGAACUGAGCCAUGAGCCCUCUCAAAAGAUCUAGCCCAGAUUUGUAUAAAAACAAUCUUUAUCUUAGCAAUGCUGAAGGGCCAUGCUUUGAAUGCAUUCUUUGUUGUCGGAAUUCACAAGAGGUUGAAUGACGAUGAAAAMUGCCCUUUGCCUGCAUACAAAUGACUCAGUCAACCAUCGCUGGCUGGUUAGUGCCCUUGUGCAUGAUCUAAAUCUCUGAGAGGUCUACAUAAUGAGAGAGAGAGAUCAUCUCUCACACCGUCAGCUGAAUUGGAGACCCAACUAGGUCAUAACAUAAGGAAGGUGAAGGAUAAAGAGGGUGGAGGGAGUGGAGUGGGGUGGAGACUACCCAUUAUAACCCAUGCAUUCCUGACAAAAAAUUAUUAUAUUAUAUAUAUAUAUAUAUAUAUAUACAUACAUACAUAUACAUAUAUAUACACACACAUUUUUAAAUCCCUCAUCCACCUCAGAGACAGAUUCCUGUAGGGAAAUUAUCCUUCCCAAACCUAUCUUUUGGACCAAACUCUCUUAUUCAGUUGAGUGGUUCCUCUAUAUGACUAUGUGCCCGGGUUCUAUUGGUGGAAGUUAUAAUUCACCUACUUUCCUCCCAGUACAGUCAGCUGUCAGCUCAAAUAUGACUAGAACCCAUUUUGUGCCAUGAUUAAACAGUCCAGUUCCUCAAGAAACAGGUACUUCCACAAGUUAGGGAUCUUAACUUUAUACUUGUCACAAAAUGCACUUAAUAAAAAAAUAAGACCAGCAUGUUUUAACAUUGCACUGGCUGUUAGGAGAUUAAAGUUUGCAUUUUCAGACCUUCAUUAAUUUGAAGGAAUAUCUUAACAGAACUACAUUCUAAUGUUUUCCCUACAAGACAGUAAAAUGU